CUAAUAGGCUAUAUCAGCCCGGCAGGAGGGGUAAUACGGGUCUGGUUAUUGCAAAGCUCGUUUGAUUACAAAAAAAAAGAGAAAGUCCGGUCACGAGAUAUCCAAAUUGUCCUGUGGCAGUGGUGUAAUGCUAGGUUAUCACUGCACCGGAGUGUGCACCAACAAAGGAAAAUUCCGGAACACGUGAUAUGCAAAAUAAUGUUUGGCAGUGGUGUAAUGCUAAGUUACCACUGCCCCAGAGUGUGAUCACGCUUCAGAAGUUCUACAACUGAGCUCUCGAUUUAUCAAGCGAGGACAGCGGUGUGUGGUAGCAGAAAAGCUUGAGUGUCGGAGUCAGUGUAACCAUGCCUAUUUUUCUUCUGUUCACGAAUCUGCCAGCAAGUGCCAUCCCAAAGGGGUUUCUGUUGGAAACCACAAAAAUGAUCUCUAAAACUGUUCGGAAACCGGAAGAGGGUGUUGCAGUGAGGAUUCAUCCAGAUCAGAUGAUGAGCCACGGGGGUACGACUGAUCCAUGUGCCAACUCCGAGCUGCAGAGUAUCGGACACAUGGGGAAUGAGGAAAACAUUCAGAUGUCCAAAGACAUUUCAGAAUUCCUGCAACAAAAGCUUGGUAUUGAUCCUAAAAGAAACUACAUCAAAUUCACCGACAUGAAAGCAUUUGAAGUUGGAUGUGAGGGGACCACGUUUGAAAUCUUGUGGAAAUAAAACAGUGUGGGCAAAAUAUUAACUUCAAUACCUACCAAUCAACUCAAAUGAUCCAUAGUAUCAGUGGCGAAGACGCAUAAGCAGCAUCUAUGUCAUAUGGCGGGGGUGUAACAGUUCAAUACACGCCAAUGAGAAGCUUUAAGAACCCAUCACUGCAAUAAGUAAUAUGACAUCUGUUGUUGAGAUGUACCAGGUGGAGCAGGUGUGGUAUUUCCCUUGAACGUAUUAACUGUUAUUCUGAAGUAAUUAGAAGAGUGCUAUGAAGUGAAGUGUUCAUUAAAAUAGAGUCACAUUUCAUAAGCCAUACUUUCGUAACUAAUGGUAAUUUUCAAUCUAAGAUGGCCCAAAGUUGGGUAUGCAAUUUUCCAGCUUCAUGUGCAACAAGUGUCAUGCAGUCUAAGGUUAAGAGAUAUCAAGCUGUCUCGUACUUCUCCAUGCACAUAUGAAGUCUAUCUAUCUAUCCACGCUGAACUUCACAGGAUGAUUUCUAUAGAGCUAUUUUUUGAAGAGGAACAUUGGUAACAAAUAAGCAGAAACUGACAAGUUUGAUUUGGAAGUUGCAUAUUUUAAAAUCAAAUUUAUUCAAUUUGCCUGUAUACCCAAGAAUUGUGCAAAUUGUGGUCAAAUAAUAAACAUGUGCAACUGGAAA